UCCGAGAAGUCAGGCUCUGCACACAUAUUAUUUAUAGCAGAUCUGAGGCGUGCUCAGUGUUUGACAUUUUCCUCUUUUUAAGUAGGGGGACUUGAAAAAGUCGUGGGCACUGCCCUCUCAUCGCCCCCACCCCCUGCCCCCGGGACGAAGUGCGGUGGGCAGGCGCCAGGGCGCGGGCAGGGGGCGAACGCGCCAACCACGCGAGUCCGGGCGCAGGUGCCGGGGCGGCAGAGGCCACCCCGCAGCGUCGGCUCGGGAGGAGAGUUCGCGGCUGAUCUCGGGAUGCCUUGCAGAUGCACGCUGUGUCCCUGGCCAGCAGGAGGAAGGAAGAGGAAGUGAGAGCAGCGGCAGCCGGCGGCGCACAGCCGGCCGACCCGGAGUGUAAGUGCGUGUGCUCCGGCGAGCGCGAGCGGGCGAGGAUGGGCGCGGGAUAGAGGCAGACCACCCACACCGCCGCGGCCCGAGCAGGGCCACAGAGCCGCCCGCCCCCCUUCAAUGGUCCCGGGUCGCCAGAGCUCUGUUCGCGGGGAACCUUCGCCGCCACAGCCGUUGUCCGGCGACCCUGGGCAGGGAUAGACACGUGUGGCCGCCCGCCCUGCAGGAGCCCAGGUGCACCGGCCGCGGACACUCUCCGGGUUCACAAUGCCACCGCCUGCGGACAUCGUCAAGGUGGCCAUAGAAUGGCCGGGCGCCUACCCCAAACUCAUGGAAAUCGACCAGAAAAAACCGCUGUCUGCAAUAAUAAAGGAAGUCUGUGACGGGUGGUCCCUGGCCAACCACGAGUACUACGCCCUGCAGCAUGCUGACAGUUCCAACUUCUACAUCACCGAGAAGAACCGCAAUGAAAUAAAAAAUGGCACUAUCCUUCGAUUAACUACAUCUCCGGCCCAGAACGCCCAGCAGCUGCACGAGCGCAUCCAGUCGUCCAGUAUGGACUCCAAGCUGGAAGCCCUGAAGGACCUGGCCAGCCUGUCCCGGGACGUCACCUUCGCCCAGGAGUUCAUCAACCUGGACGGCAUCUUCCUGCUCACGCAGAUGGUGGAGAGCGGCACUGAGCGAUACCAGAAGUUGCAGAAGAUCAUGAAGCCUUGCUUUGGAGACAUGCUGUCCUUCACCCUGACGGCCUUCGUGGAGCUGAUGGACCACGGCAUCGUGUCCUGGGACACGUUUUCGGUGGCGUUCAUUAAGAAGAUAGCGAGCUUCGUGAACAAGUCCGGCAUGGACACCUCCAUCCUGCAGCGGUCCCUGGCCAUUCUGGAGUCCAUGGUGCUCAACAGCCACGACCUCUACCAGAAGGUGGCGCAGGAGAUCACCAUCGGCCAGCUCAUUCCGCACCUGCAGGGCACAGACCAGGAAAUCCAAACCUACACCAUCGCGGUGAUCAAUGCGCUCUUCCUGAAGGCCCCCGACGACAGGAGGCAGGUUGGUGUAGACAGCAGUGUUGACAUCCUUGAUUGUCCUCUGACUGAGAUGGCGAAUAUUCUGGCUCAGAAGCAGCUGCGGUCCAUCAUUCUCACGCAUGUCAUCCGAGCUCAGCGGGCCAUCAACAACGAGAUGGCACAUCAGCUGUACGUGCUCCAGGUGCUCACCUUCAACCUCCUGGAGGACAGGAUGAUGACCAAGAUGGACCCCCAGGACCAGGCCCAGCGGGACAUCAUAUUUGAACUUCGAAGAAUUGCUUUCGACGCCGAGUCUGAGCCGAACGCCAGCAGCGGCAGCAUGGAGAAGCGCAAGUCCAUGUACACCCGGGACUACAAGAAACUCGGCUUCAUCAACCACGUGAACCCGGCCAUGGACUUCACCCAGACCCCGCCCGGCAUGCUAGCCCUGGACAACAUGCUGUACUUCGCCAAGCAACACCAGGACGCCUACAUCCGGAUCGUGCUGGAGAACAGCAGCCGGGAGGACAAGCACGAGUGCCCCUUCGGCCGCAGCAGCAUAGAGCUGACCAAGAUGCUGUGCGAGACCCUGAAAGUGGGCGAGCUGCCCAGUGAGACCUGCAACGACUUCCACCCGAUGUUCUUCACGCACGACAGGUCCUUCGAGGAGUUCUUCUGCAUCUGCAUCCAGCUCCUGAACAAGACAUGGAAAGAGAUGAGGGCGACUUCCGAAGACUUCAACAAGGUAAUGCAGGUGGUGAAGGAGCAGGUUAUGAGAGCUCUGACAACCAAGCCUAGCUCCCUGGACCAGUUCAAGAGCAAGCUGCAGAACCUGAGCUACACCGAGAUCCUGAAAAUCCGCCAGUCCGAGAGGAUGAACCAGGAGGAUUUCCAGUCUCGCCCGAUUCUGGAGCUCAAGGAGAAGAUCCAGCCAGAAAUCUUGGAGCUGAUCAAACAGCAACGCCUGAACCGCCUGGUGGAAGGGACCUGCUUCAGGAAACUCAACUCCCGGCGAAGGCAAGACAAGUUUUGGUAUUGCCGGCUCUCCCCAAACCACAAGGUCCUGCAUUACGGAGACCUGGAAGAAAGUCCUCAGGGAGAAGUGCCCCACGAUUCCUUGCAGGACAAACUGCCGGUGGCGGACAUCAAAGCGGUGGUGACGGGAAAGGACUGUCCUCAUAUGAAAGAGAAAGGUGCCCUUAAACAGAACAAGGAGGUGCUCGAACUGGCCUUCUCCAUCUUGUACGACUCCAACUGCCAACUGAACUUCAUCGCUCCUGACAAGCACGAGUACUGCAUCUGGACGGACGGGCUGAACGCGCUGCUGGGGAAGGACAUGCUGAGCGAGCUGACGCGGAACGACCUGGACACCCUGCUCAGCAUGGAGAUCAAGCUCCGCCUCCUGGACCUGGAAAACAUUCAGAUCCCCGACGCGCCCCCGCCCAUCCCCAAGGAGCCCAGCAACUACGACUUCGUCUACGACUGUAACUGAAGGGGCCGCCCCGGGGCCGCCCCUCUGGACCUGG